AUGCCGAAAAAGUCGACCAAGUCCAAGUCCAAGCGGACCACGCUGAAGCACAAGUAUAAGGUUCUUCGAAAGGUCAAAGAGCACCACCGAAAGAAGAGGAAGGAAGCUAAGAAGCUAGGCCUAAAGAAGAGAGAGCCAAAGGACCCUGGUAUCCCCAACGCCUGGCCAUACAAGCAGGAGCUCAUCCAGCAGCUGACGGCACAGAAGGAGCGCGCAGCUGCUCGUAUGCGCAAGACUAAGGAAGAGCACUUCAAGCGGGAGCAACAGGCUACUGAUCUCAGACCAGCUGCUUCCCUGGCCAAUGUUUCUCAAGCGGCCCAGGAGCGUGCAGACGUGUUUGAUGGUGCAUUGCAUGGCCAGGAUGGAGUGACUGCGACGCAGGAUUACAGUCGGCGCGCAUACUACAAAGACUUUGUCAAGGUGGUCGAAGCUGCUGAUGUGAUCCUGGAGGUCAUCGAUGCUCGCGACCCUGAGGGUGGUCGCUGUCGCGACGUCGAGCGCUUUGUGCGCAAGUUGGACCCCAAGAAGAAAGUUAUUCUGCUCCUGAACAAGAUAGACCUGGUUCCCAAGGAGGCGCUUGCCGCUUGGCUGCAGUAUCUGCGGCAGGAGCUGCCCACCAUCCCCUUCAAGAGCUCCACCCAGCAGCAGGCCAAGAAUCUGGGGCAGAAACAGCUGCACAAGGAUGGCACGGCCAAUCCAAAAGUCUCCGAGUCCCUCGGAGCUGACUCCCUGCUGCAGUUGCUGAAGAAUUAUGCGCGGAAUGCAGGCCUGAAGACGGCCCUCACCGUCGGGGUGGUGGGUCUCCCUAAUGUGGGCAAGUCCUCUGUCAUCAAUUCCCUGAAGCGAAGCCGGGUGGCGCAGGUGGGAAACACGCCGGGCGUGACACGCUCAGUGCAGUCCAUUCAUCUCGACAAGCAAAUCACGCUGCUAGACUCCCCUGGCGUGGUGUUUGCCGAUCCGGGCUCCGAUGGUGUGUCGGCAGCUGCACUGAGGAACUGCAUCAAGAUUGAACAACUGGAUGACCCCAUCCUCCCCGUCAUGGAGCUGGUGCGACGCUGUCCGGCCAAGCAGCUGAUGGUCUUGUACAAGGCGCCUGCAUUUAAGACUGCAGAAGAGUUUCUGGUGCACCUCGCCACCUCGCGGGGAAAGCUGAAGAAGGGUGGCACGGUCGACAUGGAGGCUGCUGCGAGGAUAUUGCUCCAAGACUGGAAUGAUGGGCGCAUCCCCUACCACACUCUGCCGCCCAAGCGCGCAAGUACGACAGUCACUGGCUCAGCAGCUAUUGUGACGGAGUGGGGGCCCAUGUUUGAGGCGGAUAGCGUGCAGGAGGAGGCGCUGAUCGGUGCACUUCCCGUCACUGCCGGGGGUGGAUUUGUGGUGGAUACCUUGGGCGAGGUUGGCUUCGACCCCGAGGCACCAGAGCUUCAGGACGAGGAGGAUGUGGACAUGGAAGGUGGGCUGACUGAUGCUCAGAAUGCCCAGCUGUACAACAACCCGGGACAGUACAAUCCCCACGCUGCAAGGGCUGCUCGAAAACAGAAGAAGCGUUUGAGUAGGUCUGCUGAGGACGAUAGCGACUUUGACUUCGAGGAGGACUACAGCGAAUGA